AUGUCGCUCGAAGAAGAGACGUCUGCCCUAAGAAGAGCUGCUCUGGCAGGUGCACAAAGUUGUCAAGACGUCGAACGAGAUGCAAUAACAGCUCGAUUGAUCCACGAGCUCCCCAGGUGCAAGCCUCAGAUACGUAACGUACCAGAGUACUUCGUGGUGGGCCAUGAUGUUCCCGAGUCUGUGUACGACCGAAGGUUGUUGACAACAGGAAGAGACACAAUCUCCUUCCUGCUAGCGGAAAUUGGGGAUACUCGCCAUCUGCAUGCCACGCUGAUAUUCCUCGGUAUUGGAGAUGGGCCCGAAGAGAAAGCAAACAAUAAGAGAUUCCACUUCACCAUCUGUGAUCACAAGCCCGCGGUCAUUGCGCGGGACAUCAUCACCCUACUGCUGAUCGACAAGCUUUCUGGAUUGCUGGACGAUCACGAUCGCUACACCGAUAGCUUCACUCGCCCGAAUCUGUACUACCUGUAUCUUUCGCCAAUCAUACCGAAACCGUCCUUCGAUCAACUUCAGGAGACAAUAAAGGCCCUGCUCGGCAUGCUAGAAGGUCGAGAAAUGCUACCGUCCUGGCUAGAAGUCCCACAAUCUUAUCGCCCUAGUCUCGUCAAGGUUCUGAAAGAGUGGCAGCAUGAAGCUGAAACCGAGUAUCCUACCGCACGUGUCCGAAAGGAAGCUGUCCGCAAUCGUACUAACGAAAGGCUCCAGGCCGAAGCCAUGAGGGCGCAGUAUGGUCACAAUCUCAAUCAUCCAGUGUCCAAAGGGCUCGAGAAAGAAGAUGCGUUCUACCGGAAGACUGGAGUGCUCCUUAUGCAUUGGAUCGGACAUGAUCAACUACAUACCGAGGAGUUGCGUAGUGCUUACGACCGCUUCGACCCUGCACACCCUGAUGAGCUCAACAUCGACUUUCUGGACAUGAUCGAUGCUCAAUGGCAGACGAACCCUGUAUUCGUCGAUCUGGAGUGGCAGCGCAAUCGCGAGGCCUCCCAUACGGAUCUGUCCAACAUAGGUCACGAUCCCUUCGGGUUCUCCCUGCAGCUCGAGGAGAUCCCAGUCUUCCAGACGAAAAGAGAAGGCCUUCUCCAGGUGGUCGCGACUUGGUUUCAUCUCGUGGCUACUUCGUUUCAGAACAUUAAGUCCAGACUCGAGAUUGAAGCGUGCGUUGGAGAUGUCAAUGCUGUGCUUGAGCAGAUCAAAUAUGGUACUAUGGGCCGGAGAAUCACCCCGGCCACCACGACGCCAUCCGAUGUCGAUGUGAUGAGUUCCAGCGGCGGCAUGUGCGACACAAAUCAGUGUCCCCAGAUGUACGACCGCAUCCAUCUGUCGAACAUCCCGGACUACAUCGGUGGCACACUGUCCACUUUCUUGCACGCAGUACCAAUGCUGUAUCCAGACAAGACAUCCUAUGUCACAGCCAACUGCCUCCGCAACCCCAUCCGCUUCAAGGACCACACCCACUUCAACAACGAGUGCAUCGCACUAAGCGAUCCCAAAGCCCUCGAAAAAGUCUUCCACGAAACCAUCUCGACAACAUUCUCAAACCUGCUACCACGAGCUCAACUCGAGACGUGGCUCUUCCGCCUCUUCCUGAGACUAGCGGUUCUGAAGCAGCGAGAGAUGCGCACUCAGACCUUGGUCUACUCACCUCUGAAUAUGUCCAUCUUUCUCCGGCUCUGUGGACAUCUCCACAGCAUAGGCUAUCCAGCCCACUGGCUCAGCGGCGUUCUCGACGACAUCGUUUCUGGCAAGAUCGAGACUACUGCUCGACCACCUAAAUCGGAGCCCCUGAUGAUGGCGGAAGUGAAAGCGAACUUAUCAGCUAUCGAGCAGUCUCCCGCCCCCUUCGUCGCGGAAAUGGCAACACUCCUCAGCCUCUGGCGCUUCUUCCUGCCCUUCGGCGUCCUCUCACACCACAUCCCUGAUACGCACUCGAUCCACACCUUCCAGGCCACAUUCCCGAAUAUGCAAGACUUCGUCGCCGAGUCUCCAUCUUUCAUCCUCGUUCUCCUCAAUACCACUCUCGUGCCCAAGGAGGCAGAGAUGAACUUACGUCCCUACCUCCUCAGCGAUGAGACUGGCUCCAACGGUCCCGAGCAUGUGAAGGCGAGGGAAGAGGGCCUUGACGUCAUCACGACCUGGACCCUGGAACAGGGCUGA